CGCGCAUCCUACCCCCCCAUGACCAUGAUGCUGCGCUUUUUGGCUUUUUUGGCGCUUGCGUUCAUCGUGGCAUGUGCGGGGGACGACGCUCCACCCACCAAUGACGCCCCUCCCGCGGUUGAUCUCGUUGAGGGGCUUGACCAACUCCAGGUGAGCAAACCAUCCGCCGAUGGGAGAUGGGUGGACCUUUGUGACGGCUUAUCCAUCCCUUCGUUGGUGGUGUCUGAUGGUCUGCUCAGGGACUGUCAUUCACUAACGCCACGGAACCUGAUGCACCGCUACGUGAGCUGAAGAGGGAGCAAGGGCCGCUUGGGGCUGGGCGGGGAGGGUGGGGCCAUGAGAUCUUUGCGUGUUCAGGGAUGCUCAAGGCCAAGUCCUUCCGACAUCUCUUCAAAAAAAGCAAAAAGAGCAACAAAAAAGGUGGGAUAAGACCAUUGGUGCCGUCAAGGCAGUCCACGCACCAUGCUCUUUCUAUGCGUCCUUGAUGGGUUGCCGGUUGUGCAGGUACGCUUCGGUUCCUGGCUCAGAAGAAGAAGAUCUACGUUGGUGCGGCCAUCAACCAGGUACCAUUCAUGGGCUCACGCAGAGAGGCUAGCGAGGGGGCGGUCAGGCAUGACAUUUCUCGCUGGUUGAUGAUUUGCUGUCUGUGUUUGAUGGGUGGGUUGAUGGAUGGAUGGAUGCAGUGGAACCUGAAGAAAGCGCAAUACAUGAACACAGUCGCCAGGGAAUUUAGCAUGAUCGUUGCGGAGAACGAAUGCAAAAUGAACAAUAUAGUCACACCCAAAAGUACGCCAACCCGAACACACCGAAACACAGAGAAUCACCCCUGCAAGUGACUGUCUCCCUCUUUGUGCUCAUCCAUCAAUUUGAACUGCAUCACCGACAUCAGAGCAGUACAACUACGGCACGUGUGACCGCAUUCUCAACGUGGCCAAGAAGAACGGUCAGGAGAUGCGCUUCCAUGCCCUCGUCUGGUACAGGGCGGCCCCCAAGGUGCUGCAGGCGGAGUCGAAGGCCAAGGUUGCCGCCUCACUCAAGAAGUUCUGUACCACCGUCACCAAGCGCUACGUCGCCAAGGGCGUCAGAUGGUUCGACGUCGUCAACGAGGGUCAGUUAGCAGUCACCAGGAAGCCGACGGGUCGCUGAUUGAGAAAGGUCAUUGCUUCCCCCUUUUGUUUGUUGUCUGUCUCUUACAUUCAUCCAUCCAUUUGCCAGCGUUUGCUGACAAGCAGCCGAAGAACAGCAUCAACAAGCCCUCGUGGCGCAAGGCGUGGCCGUACACCAAGCUCCCCAACUGGGCCGAGGUCUCACUGCGGGCCGCCGCCAAAGGCGCCGGAAAGAAACGCAAACAGACACGGUAAGAAGUGUGACAACAGAGCAAAAAGCCACCCGUCCGUCAGUCACUUAUGUGCGUGGUGCAUGUCUGCACGUAUGCAGUCUCAUGUACAAUGGUCAGCAUGACCGAGAAGGGGAGAGAUGGACGGAGAGAAAAAGAGGGUGAGCACAUGUAUAUGACCAUGUGUGUGCCUUUGUUGCGCAGACUACGGCAUCGAGAGCAUGAAGGGCUACAUGAAGGGCAAGUCCGACGCCGUGUUUUGGAUGGCCAAGACGUUCAAGAAGCGCAAGAUCCCCCUCGACGGCAUUGGCUUCCAGACUCACAUCAACAUGAAUUUCAAGGACUUCGACGGCGUACGAAAGAACAUACAGCGACUCGGUCAGCCACCAUCCGCAGCCACAAAGCCAACGGCCGAGCAGACCACAAAUAGACGGGCAUACGUCUCGUGUCUCGUUGUGUGCGUGCCUUUGCCUGCCUGGGUUUGUGCAGGCAAGUUGGGCUACGAGGUGCAGUUCACCGAGGUAAGUCAUUGACCCGCCCUGUGUCGCAUCAUCGAUUAUCCUCCGAGCGUCGGUGUGUGUGUGUGUGUCUUUGUGUCUGUGUGUCAGGUUGACGUCUCGUGCGGUUUCUUCAACCCGGCGGGCAAGUGGAUCAAGUGCAAGAAGUGGACAAAGGUCCAACAGAACAUGCAGGUACUGUACAACGGACAGUAUUAAGCAUCCAGCCACACAGACGGCAGGCAGGCAGGCAGCGGAUGUCUGUCUCACUUCAUUCGACCGAUGACUGCAUGUGUGUCAGGCCAACAUCUACAAGACCCUGAUGCGCAUCUGCCUGCAGUCGCCCAACUGCACCGCCUUCGUCAUGUACGUAUCUGAUGCACCUGUGUAUGCUUAUUGGUGUGAUGUGUUUAUGUCAUUCAUCGGUCAGGUGGGGCGUCACGGACUCUGUCACGUGGCUCAACAACGACCACCCCCACAUAUUCGACAGGAAGUACAAGAAGAAGCCCGCCUACCACGCACUCACAGCCGCACUCAAGUAGCACACAAUACACACAACACACACACACACACACAUCGACACACACACGGGGAGA